GACUAUCAUYCUCAAAAGGGUUGUGUCCUGAGGCAUUUAAAUCAUUUUCUGUGGCAUAAAGACAAAUUUAGCUCAUCACCAUGGUCGAGUGGACAGAUGCUGAGCGUCAGGCCAUCACAACUCUGUGGGGACAAAUUGACGUGGGUGAGAUUGGACCCCAAGCUCUGAUCAGGCUUCUGGUUGUGUAUCCCUGGACUCAGAGGCAUUUUGGAUCCUUCGGAAACCUGUCCACCUACGCUGCCAUUGUYGGAAAUGCCAAAGUGGCUAAGCAUGGGAAAACUGUGAUGAGUGGACUGGAAACUGCAGUGAAGAACAUGGACAACAUCAAGAACGCCUAUGCCAAACUGAGCGUCAUGCACUCUGAGAAGCUGCAUGUGGAUCCCGACAACUUCAGGACUCUUGCUGAAUGCAUCUCAGUGGUUGUGGCUGCCAAAUUUGGCCCCAGUGUCUUCACACCUGGUUUCCAGGAGGCCUGGCAGAAGUUCCUGGCUGUGGUGGUCUCCGCCCUGGGAAGACAAUACCACUAAGCAAAAAUAAAGCACGCUUUAACAUGGAACCGUUUUUGUAAAGUUUCUAAAAUGCACCAUUUGCUGGUUGGAAGCUGUUGCAAACUCCAAAUAAAAACUGAAAAUCAAAGUC